AUGGCGGCGUCCGUGGAGGCGGCCGCGCCCGCUCCUCCCCAGCCGCCCGCCGCCGAGGAGGCCGACGGGGCCGACGCGGAGCAGGCCAGGACGCUCAUCGGCGCCCUCAACCUGCUCUCGCGCAACCUCCCGCUGCCCCCCGCCGUGCUGCGCGCCGUCUCCUCCAUCUACCGCGGCGGCGAGGAUGAGGACGAGGAGGAGGAUGAAGGGGGCGAGGAGGAGGAUGGGGUCGGCGACGGUGGGGAGCCCGCGUCCCGUGCGGGAGAGGAAGCCACCUUGAUUCAAGAGCUUGAAGAUGCUAUAUUUGGGAACCAAACGAUGCACAUGUCAUCCUCAAAAUUGACCGCUGUGAAAGAAGAGCGCUUCAAUACCUCCAUCCAGCAUCGGUUAGCUGAACUCGAAGGGCUACCAUCUACUCGGGGUGAAGAUUUGCAAAUGAAGUGUUUGCUUGAACUGUACGGGCUAAAGUUACUGGACUUUCAGAAGAAAGUACGGUCUGAUAUUAACUCUGAAUAUUGGCUACACAAAAAGUGUGCGUACCCUGACAAACAAUUGUUUGACUGGGGGAUGAUGCGGAUAAGAUAUCCUUGUGCCAUGUAUGGAACAGGGGAUGGUUUUUCAAUGGAUACUGAAGAUAUGCACCGCAAAAAGAGAUUCACGGAGAGGAUCUCAAAACUGGAGGAGGAGGAAAAGAACCAGGCUGAGAACAGGAAGAGGAAAUUUUUUACAGAAAUUCUCAAUGCUGCUAGGGAAUACCAGUUGCAGUCAUCAGCUACUUACAAACGAAGAAAGCAACGGAAUGAUGGAGUUGUGGCAUGGCAUCUUCGGGCACGCCAACGUAUCACUCGGCUUGAGAAAAAUAGGUUGCAAGUUUUGAAAGCAGGUGAUCAGGAAGCGUAUUUGCGGAUGGUUGAGGAGAGCAAGAAUGAACGCCUGACAAUGCUCCUUGAUAAGACAAAUGAGCUGCUCGAAGGAAUUGGAAAAGCUGUACAACGACAAAAAGAUGCCGAGCAUGUUAGUCGGCCUGAAGUGUCAAAAGACUCAGAAUCUGAUGAAUCCCCUGAAGAUUCUCCUUCAGACGAUGAUGAAGAUACUAAUGGUUCUGCAAAUAAUAGUAAAUUUAAUGCUGGCCGCAGGCUUGAUUCUACUGUUCAUUCCAUUGAAGAGAAGGUAACAGAACAACCAUCAGCUCUUGUAGGUGGGGAACUAAGACCAUAUCAAUUAGAGGGCCUCCAAUGGAUGCUUUCCUUAUUCAACAACAAUUUGAAUGGUAUACUGGCUGAUGAAAUGGGUUUGGGGAAAACAAUUCAAACCAUAUCUUUGAUCGCUUAUUUAUUGGAAAAGAAGGAUGUCUCAGGACCACACUUAAUAGUAGCUCCGAAAGCAGUACUGCCAAAUUGGUCUAAUGAAUUCAAAACAUGGGCUCCCAGUAUUGAUACAAUUCUGUAUGAUGGCCGUCCAGACGAGAGGAAAGCUCUAAGGGAGGCAAAUUUUGGAGGACAAUUUAGCGUCUUGCUCACACACUAUGACUUGAUACUGAAAGAUAAGAAGUUUCUGAAGAAGGUUUACUGGCAUUAUUUGAUAGUUGAUGAAGGGCAUCGUUUGAAAAACCAUGAAUGUGCUCUUGCUCGCACGCUAGUUUCUGGAUAUCAGAUCCGGCGCAGACUACUUUUGACUGGCACUCCAAUCCAAAAUAGCUUACAAGAGCUGUGGUCGUUGCUUAACUUCAUUCUGCCUAAUAUUUUUAAUUCAUCUGGAAAUUUUGAAGAAUGGUUUAAUGCACCAUUUGCAUGUGAUGUUAGCCUGAAUGACGAGGAACAGCUACUAAUCAUACAUCGUUUGCAUCAAGUUCUACGUCCAUUUUUGCUCAGGAGGAAGAAAGCCGAAGUUGAAAAAUAUCUCCCUUCGAAAACACAGGUAAUACUGAAGUGUGACUUUUCUGCGUGGCAAAAGGCAUACUACGAACAAGUCACAAGCGAUGGAAGGGUUGCCCUAGGAUCUGGGUUCAAAUCAAAGGCUCUGCUAAACCUAUCAAUGCAGCUCAGGAAAUGUUGCAAUCACCCUUACUUAUUCGUAGAGCAGUAUAACAUGUAUCAGCGGGAGGAGAUUGUUAGAGCGUCAGGGAAGUUUGAAUUGCUGGAUCGGCUACUUCCAAAACUGCAUAGAGCUGGUCACAGGGUUCUGCUUUUCUCUCAGAUGACAAAAUUGCUUAACAUCUUAGAAGUAUAUAUGCAAAUGUACAAUUUCAAGUACAUGAGACUUGAUGGAUCUACGAAAACUGAAGAACGAGGCAAAUUAUUGGCUGAUUUUAAUAAGAAAGACUCAGAAUACUUCAUUUUUCUUCUAAGCACACGAGCUGGAGGCCUUGGAUUGAAUCUGCAGACUGCAGACACUGUUAUUAUUUUUGAUAGUGAUUGGAAUCCUCAGAUGGACCAGCAGGCUGAAGACCGUGCUCAUCGUAUAGGACAGAAAAAUGAAGUGCGUGUAUUUGUUCUUGUCAGUGUUGGAUCAAUUGAAGAAGAGAUUUUGGACCGUGCAAAACAGAAGAUGGGUAUUGAUGCAAAAGUUAUCCAGGCAGGGUUGUUCAACAAUACCUCUACAGCACAGGACAGGCGUGUGUUGCUACAGGAGAUCUUGAAGAGAGGGACUAGUACACUUGGAACUGACAUCCCUAGUGAGCGCGAGAUAAAUCGUUUGGCUGCUAGAACUGAGGAGGAGUUCUGGCUGUUUGAGAAGAUGGAUGAAGAGAGACGGCAACGUGAAAACUAUAAAUCCAGGCUCAUGCAGGGAAAUGAGGUUCCGGACUGGGUUUUUGCUGAUACCGAAACCUUAGCUGAGAAGCGCCUUAAAGAGGAAGCCAAAAAUCCUGUGAUACUCACAAAAAGACGUAGGAAGGAGGUUGUCUAUUCGGACUCCUUUGUUGAUCAGUGGAUGAAGCCUGAGGAUGGAAACGAAGACAUUCCAAAGCUAACUCCAAGAGCAAAACGGAGUGUUUAUAUGUCUGACAUCCAAGAAGUUGAUAUACAUGACAGGAGAAAAAGGCUCAAAUUUGUGGAGGACAGUGCCGUUGGUGCAAGCAACCCGACCUGGACACCAGAGAAAGGAAGAGUUUCUUCCUACAGCAAGGACGAGAAUGAAGAUGACGAUGAAGACGAUGUCAACACCAGCGGUUUCCAGCAGGGAAACAGCUUCACAUGGAAUACCCUCAGGAGGAAGAGGUCAAGCCAUUCGACCAAUUUACCUUCAGACCUGAAAGGGCGCCCGCCAUUCUAAAGCCAUCUCAGCGGGAUUGCUGUUUAGAUGCAUAUUUAUCUGAAGCCUCAUUAGCAGGAAGAAGCUCUCCUGUAAAGAAAUUAAUAUGGUUUCGAUUUAGAAGUGCAUUUAAAGCUCAUCAACUAUAGAGUUAGCCGUACAUUAUAUGGAUAUGUUGGCAUUAAGCCGUACUCCAUCAGAUCUUGUAGUCAAUGUUCCGUGACUUAUUCGACGUUUUCUGCUAUGAAACUUGAGAUGUUCGUUGUUUCA